ACUCACUCACUCACUCUCAACGCUGCGAAAAUCGGCGCGAUGCCCAGGAAGAGUAAAUCAAAGAAAGAAGAGUUUUGCGAAGGGGUUUGCUUCCUUUGCAAAGAUGGCGGCCUCCUCAUGGUCUGCGACUACAAGGGCUGUCUUAAAGCUUAUCAUCCUGAGUGUGCGGGAAAGGAUGAAUCUUUUGUCGACUCUUCACAGCGCUGGAAUUGCAACUGGCAUUCUUGCUUCAUGUGCCAUAAAGCUGCAAAGUUUCAAUGCUUUUGCUGCCCCCAAGCCGUAUGUGGGCGCUGCCUCUGUGACUCUGAGUUUGCAGUUGUUAAGGUGGAGAAAGGAUUUUGCAAUCAUUGUUUGAAGCUUGCAGUACUCAUAGAAGAAGACUUGGAUGCUGAUUCUGAUGGGGGAAGAGUUGACUUCAAAGAUAUAAAUACAUUUGAGUACUUAUUUAAGGAUUAUUGGCAAAUAAAUAAAAUGAAAGAGCGCUUGUCUGCAGAAGACGUCUACACUGCAAACAAGUUAUUAAAGAAAGGAAAAAACUACACAGGUGACUUUGACUCGAAUGAUAUUCAUAAGAAAGAAGAUACACUUUCAGAACCCGAUGAAGAAAGUGAUCCUCAGGUAUCUGAUUAUGAUGGAGGGGAAAGUGGAGAAGAAUACAUGCCAGUUGCCAAAAAGAAGAGAUCCAAGGGAAAACAGUGUUCAGUGAAAAAAAAAGUAGAAGCGAAAAAAAGAGAAUUUAUAGGAUGGGGAUCAAAGUCGCUUCUAGAUUUUCUUUCUUCUAUGGGUAAAGAUAUAUCGAAGGAGUUAUCACAGUAUGAAGUCACCUCUAUGGUCACAGACUACUGUAAAGAAAAGAAGCUGUUUGACCCAGAAAAGAAGAAGAAAAUUAUUUGUGAUGCAACAUUGCAGUCUCUUUUAGGACGAAAAUCUUUGUUCAAAAAUAGUAUAUAUAACCUUCUGACACCUCAUUUUGCUGACAAUCUGGAAGAGUCGUCGGAGGAGGAUGAGAGUGGAAGUAGUUCUGAAGACAUAGAUGAGAGUUUUAUGGGUACGUGUAAAAGGCAGAUCAAGUUGAGCCCUAAAGUACCAGAUGUGCAGAAAAGUUGUUUUGCUUCCAUAAUUCCUGAGAACAUCAAGCUUGUCUACCUGAAGAGGAGCUUAGUGGAGGAACUGUUAAAGCAACCGGAGAGUUUUGGUGAGAAAGUAACAGGAAGUUUUGUGAGAGUCAAAUGUGACCCAAAUGAUUAUUCACAGAAAAACACUCACCAGCUCUUGCAAAUUAAAGGUAUAAAAGAAAUUCUGAGGAACGGCGGAGAGGGUACAGAAACACUUUUGCAGCUUUCUGGUACCUUUAAAGAUUUUCCGGUUUCCAAGCUAUCAGAUGAUGACUUCUGUAAGGAAGAAUGUGAAGAUUUACAUCAGAGGAUGGAAGAUGGCCUCCUUAAAAAGCUAACUAUUGUGGAGCUUGAACAGAAGGCUAGAAGUCUACAUGAGAGGAUAACAGAGCAUUGGCUUGCAAGAGAGCUGAUUCUGUUGCAGAAGCGCAUUGACCAUGCGAAUGAAAAAGGAUGGAGGAGAGAGCUUGAAGCAUACAUCACCAAGAAGCUGUUACUUGAAACACCAGCAGAACAAUCACGACUUUUAAAUGAGGUGCCAGAAGUAAUUGCAGCCAUGGAAAAAUGUGAUCCUACGCCAGAGUACACCCAGAACCAGGAUAAACAAGGAUAUGAUGGCUCUUCCCACUCAGCCCCCAGAGAAUCUCCCCAAACUCCUGGCACUGGUCUAGCCAAUGGAAUCUCAUGGCAUGCAAAUGACAUAACAGAUCCUUCAGGUUCACAGUUAGACCAGGAGAGAGACCUGGAGAUUGCUGCAGCUAAACAUAAGAGAAAGCAGGCUCCAUCAACCUUUGAACAGAAAUCUAGUAUAGAUGGUUCAAAUGGUGACCUUGAGAGAGACCUAGAUGAUGCAAAGGAUAUAGCUAAGAGAAAGAAGGUUUCUACAACUGAUAAUGGCUCUCAGUCUCCUUCCAUGUCAUCUAGUCAGGCAGCAGAACUACUGGAACCUAAAGUAACUGGACCGCAAAAGAUGAACUGUGAAAACACAUCUGAAGGCAAGGUAAUCGAGUUGAGCGAUGACGAUCAAGAUGAAAGUGUUUCAGUUACAGCACCUGCACUUGAAACCCCAGGUUCUGAUUUAUGGUAUUGUAUGAGUCCACUUGGUCAAAUUAGGGGGCCCUAUAAAUUGUCAUUGCUAAAGCUAUGGAACGGCUCGAGUGGCAAGGAAUUAAGAUACAAAGUUUGGAGAGAGGGUCAGAGCAAAGGCGAUGCAAUCUCUCUCAAUGAUGCCAUAUGAGAAAAAUAUUUCAAUGUAAACAGGAACUUGUAUUGCUGCUGACAGUAGUUUUAAGAAGGAACAGGAAACAAAAAUCAUCAUACAUGAAAGUUCUAGUUGUGAUUUAGGUUACGUAAUUUAGUUUACAUGUUAUUUAGGUCAACCGAAUGAACUUUAUAACAAAGACAGGAGAUGGCAAAAAUAGAGAUUUACAUUGUCGCCUGCAAGUCCGCUAGUUCUGUGUAAACAGUGAAUUUGGGGUAUAACUGUGUAUUGCUUACUUCACAAUGCUGUUUGUUUUGUUAAACUCAGAAGGAUUUUGAGAUUUGAUUUACAGUAAUCAACUUUGAUCUAUC